CCACAGAGCGUUUAUUUACUGCUUUAAUUUUGCUUUGCAAAAAUAUGCCAAGUCGCCUCAGCGUUGCGCUUUUGCGGUUAAAUUGUGUUUUCUUUAUGGCUGCGAGCCACGUCAAGAGCGCCGAACCGGGCUACCUCUUUCCAGAUUCAGAACAAGAACUCUUCAUUAAGCAGCAUUCUGAAUUUUUCAUCAAUCAUCCAGAAAAAGUGGACAGAGAUGGGAAAUUUAUCUCGUACGCUUUAUCGCAUCACUUCUCGAACAGGCGACAUAAGAGAGACCUGAAUUCAGGAGACAGACGGGUGUAUUACAAACUGAACUACAAUGGCCGGGAAUUGACUCUCAAUCUAACCACCAACGACAACCUGCUCUCCAAUGAAUAUGUGCAGGAGAGACAAAAUGGGAGGUCAGCGGAGAAAUGGCCACAAUCAUUUGGGAAAGGCUCCUGUCAUCUUAUUGGCACCAUAAUGGAUGACAACAUGCAGGGGACGGCCGCCAUCAGCACCUGUGAAGGAUUGAGGGGGCUGUUAUAUUUACCUGAGGGGCCGACAUUAAUCGAGCCUGUACGUGGCCAUGUCCCAAACGUCACUCAUCCACAACACCCACAUGUGAUCUACCGGAGCUCAACAUGGAGAAGCCUCAGACGACGACGCAACACAGAUGCACACAGACCCUGUGGGGUCAAAGAUGGUCUGCAGUAUUCCCAACAGGUGGAGCUGGAGAGAGAGCGCUGGGAGCAGGAGCAUCACCCACAGGGUGGGGUUCAUAAUCAUGAUACAGAUCAGGAAUGGGGUCAGGAAUGGGAACGGCCACGGCGGAUAUCCCCGCGCUCCAUCAGUAAAGAGCGCUGGGUGGAGACCAUGGUGGUGGGUGACUCCAAACUUAUGGACUACCACGGGAGUGGGAACGCUGAGUCCUACAUCUUCACCAUCAUGAACAUGGUGGCUGGAAUUUUUCAUGAUGCCAGCAUCGGUAAUGCUAUCCAUAUCGUGUUGGUCCGACUCAUUCUGCUACAUGGAGAGGAGAAAGGGCUGAAAAUCGUUCAUCAUGCUGAUACAACUCUCACCAGCUUCUGUACCUGGCAAAAAAACCUCAAUCCUCAAAGUGACACUCAUCCAGCACACCAUGAUGUCGCUAUACUUAUCACCCGGAAGGAUAUCUGUGCAGGCAUGAAUCAACCGUGUGAGACGCUCGGCUUGUCUCACCUGUCGGGCAUGUGCCAGCCACAUCGUUCCUGCAAUAUCAAUGAGGACUCAGGACUACCUGUCGCUUUCACCAUAGCUCAUGAGCUUGGACACAGUUUUGGAAUCCACCAUGAUGGACAAGGCAAUGACUGUGAGCUUGUGGGGAGACAUCCCUUCAUCAUGUCCCGCCAGCUCCACUACGACUCCUCACCACUCACCUGGUCAUCCUGCAGUAAGGAGUACAUAACACGCUUUCUUGAUCGUGGUUGGGGUUUCUGUCUGGAUGAUCGCCCAUCUAAGAGGGAUCUGACCACCCCAGUGGCAGCACCUGGAGUUCGAUACACGCCCCAACACCAGUGCCAGCUGCAGUAUGGACCCAAUGCCACCUUUUGCUCAGAAGUGGAUAAUGUGUGUCAGAUUCUGUGGUGCUCAGUGAAUGGAUCAUGCCGCUCCAAACUGGACUCGCCUAUAGAUGGAACCAGGUGUGGACCUGAUAAGUGGUGUAUCUCUGGUGAGUGUGUAAUCGUAGGGAAGUUACCAGAAACAGUGAAUGGAGGGUGGGGCCCCUGGAGCACCUGGUCUCACUGCUCUCGUACCUGUGGAGCUGGCGUCCAAUCAGCAGACAGAGAAUGCAACCAGCCAAAGCCUGAAUUUGGAGGGAAAUACUGUAUGGGAGAGCGGAAGCGCUACAGGAUUUGCAACACAAAGCCAUGUGCCAGAAAACAUCCCACCUUUAGAGAGAUGCAGUGCAGUGAAUUUAACACCGUGCCUUAUCACGACGAACUCUACGAGUGGAUACCUGUCGCUAGCACCUCACGUCCAUGUGAGCUGCAAUGCAAGCCCGUGGAUGAGGAGUUUUCUGAGAAGAUGUUGGAAGCGGUCACUGAUGGAACGCCCUGCUUCAUGAACAACAACAGCAGGAACAUCUGUGUCAAUGGUGUGUGCAAGGAGGUGGGUUGUGAUUUUGGCAUCGAUUCUAAUGCUAAAGAGGACAGCUGUGGUGUGUGUCUCGGUGAUGGAUCCACAUGUGAGACAGUGAAGGAGACCUUUGUGAAGCAAGAUGGAUUUGGUUACGUGGACUUGGUUUUGAUCCCAGAGGGAGCUCGGGAUAUCUUCAUACAGGAAAUGGGAGAGGCUGCAAAUUUCCUAGCGAUCCGAGCAGGCGAUUCGGAGGACUAUUACCUGAAUGGGAAUUACAUAAUUCAAUGGAACGGAGAGUACGAGGCGAGUGGAACAAAGUUUUACUACGACCGUAGAGGCAACCUGGAGAAUCUGACGUCAGCAGGACCAACAAUUGAACCUGUCAUGAUUCAGCUGCUGUUUCAAGAGCAGAAUCCAGGAGUCACGUAUGAGUACACUGUUAAGAAGAGUCGCCCACUGGGGAAUGAAAUUCCGGAACCAGAGUACACCUGGAAAUAUGGAGCCUGGACUGACUGCAGCACCACCUGUGGGAUUGGUAAACAACAUCAACCUGUGCGUUGUUUUGAGGUGGAGGUGGGCGUGGUCGAGGAAACGCUCUGUGACCCCAGUUCACGUCCUGUCGACAGACAUCGCAAGUGCAAAAACAUGGACUGCCCUGCAAGGUGGUGGGUUGGUGGAUGGCAGACUUGCUCCGCCACAUGCGGUCCAAACGGAGUGAGAAAGCGCACAAUUAUGUGUGUGCGUACGGUGGCUGGAGAGGAGCGGGUUCUACACCCUGGAGACUGCAAGCAGUUGCUCAAACCCAAAUCUGUGGUACCCUGCAACCGAGACUUACCAUGUGGGUCGGACUGGGCUGUGGGGAACUGGAGCGAGUGCUCUCUGUCUUGCGAUGGAGGCGUGAAGUCGAGAAUUGUCAAGUGUGUGGCAAAACAACCAGACCGAUGCAACCCUGCCAAUCGACCUCGUUCCACAAUCCUCUGUAAUCUUCAGAGCUGCUCAUCCACUAACAGAUGGACCGGUUCCCCCUUCCGACCACGAUUCCGACCUCGAGUUACCCCCACAAUCCCAACACAGGCCCCUGGGAUCCAACCCGGAACUCCAGAAUAUAGCACCACUUUCAUGCCAUCAAAAUCCAACACCACUACUCCAGUGCCCAAAACCAUAACAACAUCUGACAUCAUCCAUGAAGACGACCAAGACUUUAUUCUGGUCAGAGAUGGUAACAAAGACGGCGGUGAUCAUGAACAAGUUCCCACAAAUACUACAGACUCCAGUGUUACGGAGGACGAGGAAGGAAGCACAGACCUGCAGCCUCCUGACAAAAGUUCUAGAUACACGCCGGGUUAUGAUUACAUAGUGGAAGAUCCAACUGGAGAAGAAAGGGCGACUGAAGACAAUAUGUUUACCAGUCCAUUUCCUUUAAGGUCAUCCACUUUCAGACCAACCACACAAACGCCUGUACACACAACUCAUCCAACCUCUACUAGAACACUGACGCACACUAACAUCCCUAUAGCGAAACAAGCCACUACUAACAGAUCAAAUUUCAGUGUCCACUUGUUAGACAUUAAAACUCCAGAGUUGAUCACUAGAACUACACGUAAGUGGGAAUCUAAGCCAACAAGUCCAUGCAAACCAAAUACCAUCACAAGCCCAAGGUCACACUCAGUAAUGUCACACUUCAGUACUCAGAGUCCACGACCUACUGUUCCUACAGUGAAAAUAUUGAGAAAGACAUCACAAAUACUGAAAGGUCCCAAUAAAGGCAAGGUGCCUAAUGUAGACAAGCUGAAGCCAGAGACAGCCAACACCACGACUGACUACGAGAACCUGAACGCACAAGAUCCCAUCAGCAGGAAUGCAUUCUGGGAAGUCGGCAACUGGAGUGAAUGCUCAACUACAUGUGGUCUUGGGGCAGUGUGGCGGUCAGUAGUCUGCAGCUCAGAGCGUGAGGAAGACUGUGCCAGUGAAAAGAAACCAGAACCAGCCCGACGAUGCAACCUACGACCCUGUGCUACCUGGAAGACUGGCAACUGGACCAGCUGUCCCGAAGGUUGUGUUAGUGAUAUGAAACAUCGAGAUGUGCAGUGCAUUGACACACAGAGCAGACGUCCACUGAGGCCCUUUCACUGUCAGGCUCUGUCAUACAAACCACCCAGCAGUCUGCCCUGCUACACCCGACCCUGCCUGCAGUGGAAGGACUCACCCUGGGGAGAGUGCUCUAAAAGCUGUGGGCAAGGGCUAAAGGAAAGACGUGUGUACUGUCCUGAGUACCAGCGCUGUAACAACACACUCAAACCCAACAGCACUGAGCCCUGCCAUCUGCAGCCCUGCACCAGCUGGACUACCGAAACCUGGACCCAGUGCUCCAGAAGUUGUGGUGGUGGAGUGCAAAAACGAGCGGUGACGUGUGUAAAUGAGGAAUCUGGAGAUGAAGAGAAAACUUCACUGUGUGCACAAAAUAAUGUACCAGACACUGUUCAGAUCUGCAACCCAGAGGAGUGUAAAACCAAUUUAGGUCCGGUUUGUAAGAAAAACAGUAUGUCAACACAUUUCUGUGAGAAACUCAAGCUGCUGGGUCGAUGCUCCCUGCGGUCUAUCCGCAUGCAGUGUUGUGUCACUUGUAUGAUGUAAUAUUUACUGAGGUCACGCCAAAGCCACACUUGGGUCAUCAACCCAAAGCGCAAACUACUGGACAUUCUGCGAACUGGGUUCAUGGUGCCCUAGAAACACAGAACUUUUACUUUAACAAAAGAAUAUUUACACAAAUACAUCAAGCAUUAGUUUUUAACUCAGAUCUGUUCUACACAUUCUACCUUGUUUAAAUCCAUUCUGCAGAAUUCUGUAGAUUUCCCUGAAAACUAGUUAAAAACUCUGAAGAUUCCAUCUGAGCCUGCCUGUAUGUUAUUCUUGGCACUCGUUUUGGAAAAUUACUACCAUUAUAAACAAUUUGAGUUUUAGUAAAAAAAUAACUAAAUAGUGUGUAUUGUUGACAGAACAAAAAUAAUUAUUUGGUUGACUAGAACUGUUAGUUCACCAUGAAACAACUUCCAUUAAAGGAACAGUUCACCUCAAAAUGACAAUUCUUUCAACCACUACUUAACCUCAUAUUGUUCCAAUCCCGUAUGACUUUCUUCCUUCUUUGGAACACAAAAGGAGAUGUAACGCAAAAUGUUAAGGACUUACAGCCUCAGUCACCAUUCUCUUCUUUACAUCUUUUUUGGGUGAACUAUACCUUUUCGGACCCAAGCUAUUAUAACCGAUUUCAUAGAUCUUUUUUAAUGGAGCAGGUUGAAACUUACAAAGCAUUAUAAUACUUUUGCCUGUUAUUAAAAGGGUUAUGUGACCACUGUCUGAUGAACAUCAAGUAAUGCUUUGACAGUCAAACAAUUUUCAUGUGCAUUUCUUAAAUGAGUGUAGCUUUAUUAACUUAAUUUGGACAAACCGCAAGUUAAUGAAAGACUUACACACAAAAAAAUUAACUUUCACUAUUGUUAGGUUCACUGAAUCUCCCCCUUGUUCAUAUUACUCAAAACGUGCAUGUAACCAAGUUAACAUAAUUGAACUGAGUUGUUUCAAUGAUUUUUUUUUUUAUAACUUUAAGCUCUGAAGGUGUUUUAAAAGAUUUCAUGUUUCAGUGGCAUGCCCAAAAUUAAAGGCUUAUAACUUGACAAAAAAACAAAGAGGGACAAUUGUUUGGUAUCACUUUAAAGAAAACUUUUCAAAGGUUUUUAAUUAUUUAGAUUAUGAUAAAUUCUGAAACUCUCAGCCUUAGAAACUGCUGAAAAAUCACAAAAAAUCUUGAGCCAAAAACCUACUUUUUUUUCUUAUUUUUAUGAUUUGAUAUUAUACCGUAUAUCUCAGGGUGUAGAAAAGGUAGCUCUGAAAAAUAUCUCAAAGUCUCCAAAAGCCUCUCCAAACAAAUAAAACAUAAUAAUUGUACAUAAGAACUAAUUUCACAUGCAAAUACAAUGACUAAAGGUAUGCGCUCUCUUCAAAGCAUGCAGGCAUGAGUAACGAGAUCUCAUUCUGUUUCAUUCUGUGUCAUUUGAGCCAUCAUUGAGUCUGUCAUGUACUUGGCGCCAUCUCCUGGUGGCCAUAUGUACAUUAGAUUGAACGAUCCUCUCUUCCCAUAUUUGGAUGACUUCCACCUCUGGUUGCCGCGAUCUAAAUCCUAAUACUGUAUGACUGGUUUAGCAUUCUAUGAUGCUGGACAACGUACUACAUAAUUUGCAAAGAAGUCAUCUGAUCUAGGAAAGCUAACGUGUUUUUAGCCAGAUAGCACAUUAUGUGCUGUCUGCACAUUGUGCUUCAUGUGGAUUAUCCAAUGAUCUAUACAUCCGAUUACGUUGUGUGUGGGCGUGUUUUAAUGGGAAUCCCCUCCUCUAAGUAAUGUUAUGUGAUAUUAUAUGUUCAGUUUAUUUUUCGUGAAGUUACAAGCGAAAACGCAGCUUAAAAGCAACACCUCUUUACAUGUAUCUCAAAGACAUGUACUUAGAUAUUACUUGCUAUAUUUUUGUCUGUGAGUAAAUCAAAUAGGCUAUUUGUAUUGUACUCUUUGAGAGCUUUCCAAUGACAUACUGUAUGACACAUGGCUAUUUGAUGAGAUUUAUGUUUUUACUGAUUACAAUAAUAUAUACAGUGCAAAAGUAUUAAUUAUCAAAAUAGAACACUUCUGAUUUGUCUGCAAAUUUCAAAACACUUGUUCAGUUUUGGUCAGAAUGCCUACAUGCAUUGUAAAGUACUGCUUCUAAGCUUUAAAACGAUACCUAUUUUGUGUUUGUCAACACUGUAGUUAUUAAUAUUUUGAUAAUUAUUUUUUCCGGUGAGUCAUGACGUGACGUAGAUCAUCUUCUAGAGGAUUAUUAACAUAUAAGCCCAUGUUGGCCUACGAGACAGCCUUUUAAAAUUAAGAAAUUUUUUAAAGAUGAGGACAAUUUUUAAAGAUGAGUUAUGGUCUUUGGUUUUUAGCAGUUUGACUUUAUUUUCUUAAAAUUUGGUGCAAAAGUUGCUGUGAAAAUAUGCUUGGACAAAACAAAUAACAAACUGAGAAUUUCACACAAACUUCUGCUUCAUUUAUGUUCGUUUGUAAUUUUUUGUUUUCUUUCGGUAAAUAUCAUAAAAGCUUUUCCUUAGGCAGUUUCUAUUUCCUGCUUGUCUAUGAUUAUCUAUAUUCAUACAUUUAAAAAAAUAAAAAUAAGCAAAUUACUGUGAAAUAACUGUUUAACAUUAUUAAUAUGGUGUAGAAGAGAAAUUCUACUUUAAAGUAGGGUGCAUUUGUUACUUUAUUCCCCAACCCUUAAUAUUGUGUUAAUUCGAUUUUUCUUUAAUUAAAAACAUAUACAGCAAGAGUUCUUGUCAUUCGAUGGCUUUAAAUCAUUUUAGUGUUGUGAAGAAAUGCAAGUACAAAAUUGUUUUUUUACAAUACUCAAUGUGCUUUCAGAAAGGAGCCAGUAACAUCAAAUUUUAGGGUUCAGCAAAAAGUAGUUUUAUAUAUUCUAUUAUUCUUUUAAUAAAAAUCUAAUUCUUGAAUACCACUUAACAAAAAUAGACUCUAAAUCAAAAAUGAUUGCUUGUAUAUCAUUACACAGGUUAUAAAGUUUGAUUAAUGGUUGUCUGCACUGUAUUUGUGAUGUUCUAUUUUUAGUACUUGUAUUUUAGUUUUAGUCAUUUUAAAUAUGUUUAAAACUGUGUAAAUAUUGUAUUUUGUAGCUCGUGAGAGCUUCAUGGUGCUGUUAUAGUGCUGUUGGUGCUCUAGUCUGUGUGCUCAUUAACUAAAGUGUUUAAGUCAUUGUUAAUGAGUUCAAUGCACAUUGUCACUGAGGACGGAGGUGUUGCAGGUCAAUCCUCUUGCCUUUAAAACACGCCUGAAUAUUUUAUACAGAAACUAUUUAACUGCACAUCUGUACUGCUGA